UUUAAAUGGCAACCAAAACCUUCCGCAAAAAGGAGAUCCGACGUGCCGUCUACGGCACUUGCUUGGUGGAUGCGCCCGUGGGCGGGUGCAGCGUGGAGGCCGCGCCCAUCCGGGUGACGGUCAGCGUCCGCCGGCGCUGCGGGUGCUGGGGGAGGCUGGCCGGAGCCUGGAGGGAGGCGGCCGCGUUUUCCUUCGUCGACAGGCAGCGGGCCCCCUUCUUAUCCAACGCCUUCCUGGACCUGGAGCACGUCUUCCGGUACAGCAGCGAGGCGGACGCGGGCGCGGCGCAAGUUAAGAUCUGUCUGACGCUCCUUAGCGGCCAGACGCGCGUGGCCAAAGUGGGCCUGGAAGACUUCUUGGGCCAGCUGAUGCAGAGCGGCCGCCCAGAGUGCUUCACCCUGUACGUCUACGAGGGGAAGGUCGCCCUGCUGCAGACCCGCCAGCCAUCUCCGGAGGUUCUGACGGAGUGGCUGUUUGACGGGAAGGGAAAUGACGCCCACAAAGGGUCAACUAACAAGGACCGUGCCUGCUAUGACCCCGAGGUCACUGAGAUAGACCAGUGCCAAGAAAAGAUGGACACCAGUGACUCAGAUGUGAGUGCAUGGGAAACCCCCGAAGAAGACCCAGAUGUGAGUGCAUGGGAAACUCCCGAAGAAGACUCAGAUGUGAGUGUAUGGGAAACUCCCGAAGAAAACUCAGAUGUGAGUGCAUGGGAAACUCCCGAAGAAAACUCAGAUGUGAGUGCAUGGGAAACUCCCGAAGAAGACUCAGAUGUGAGUGCAUGGGAAACUCCCGAAGAAAACUCAGAUGUGAGUGCAUGGGAAACUCCCGAAGAAGACUCAGAUGUGAGUGCAUGGGAAACUCCCGAAGAAGACUCAGAUGUGAGUGCAUGGGAAACUCCCGAAGAAGACUCAGAUGUGAGUGCAUGGGAAACUCCCGAAGAAGACUCAGAUGUGAGUGCAUGGGAAACUCCCGAAGAAGGCACCGAUGUGAGUGCAUGGGAAACUCCCGAAGAAGACACAGAGGAGAGUGCAUGGGAAACUCCCGAAGAAGACUCAGAUGUGAGUGCAUGGGAAACUCCCGAAGAAGACUCAGAUGUGAGUGCAUGGGAAACUCCCGAAGAAGACUCAGAUGUGAGUGCAUGGGAAACUGCCGAAGAAGACUCAGAUGUGAGUGUAUGGGAAACUCCCGAAGAAGACUCAGAUGUGAGUGCAUGGGAAACUCCCGAAGAAGACUCAGAUGUGAGUGCAUGGGAAACUCCCGAAGAAGACACAGAGGAGAGUGUAGAUGACUCAGGAGAGGAGAGUGGACUUGACACUGCUGAAAUCACAGAUAAGGAGAGUGGAAGGGAGUCUGAGGACGGAGACUCCGAGGAGGAGAGUGAACGGGAGACUCCCGGAGAAUCGGAUGAGAGUGGAUGGGAGACUCUUGAAGAAGACGCAGAGGAGGAGGUUGGGCGGGGCACUGCUGGAGGCACAGAGGAGCGUGGCGGCGGCCGUGGCUUCCUGGCGAGGCUGGGGGCGGCGUGGCGGCACAACUGCCUCGCCCUGCUCCUGGCCGCCGCUGCGGUCUUGGUCUCGCGGGUGCCACUCGCUGACCCUGACGAGUGGCGGUGGGGCGGCGGCGGCGGGGGGCUGUGAGGGGCGUGAGACAUAAGGAGAGAGCCCCAAGACUGUGUUACUGUUGCAUUUCUCAU